AGUGCAUGAAUACAUCCUCAUGAUCCAAGCAGAAGUACAUUUGGCUUCAGGAAGGUUCGACGAAGCAGUUACCGCUAUUGAAAGGGCGGCUAAGAACCAGAACAACAGAGAAAUCAUUGCUGUAGUUACCCGAGUAAAAGCUGUUGCAUCUGCUCGAAAAAAGGGCAAUGAGCUCUUCAAAGCUUCGAAGUAUACGGAAGCAUGUAUUGCUUAUGGAGAAGGGCUUCACCAUGAUCCGUCGAAUGCCAUUCUUCUCUGCAACCGAGCUGCGUGUCAUUCGAAGCUCGGACAAUGGGAGAAAGCAAUUGAUGACUGCAAUAAUGUUCUUAGUUUGAAGCCUUCGUAUACUAAGGCUAGACUAAGAAGAGCUGAUUGUUUUGCUAAGGUGGGGAAGUGGGAGGCAUCAGCACAAGAUUAUCAGAUUUUGAGGAGAGAAUUUCCAGGAGAUGAGGAGGUGGCAAGAGCACUUUCAGAAGCUAAAUCACAUCUUCAUCAGAGAAAGUCUUAGCUUCUUCUUGUAUAAGGGAGAAAUCUUUACGAAACUAACGGUACCUGCUCUUCUUCAGAAAAAAAAAAUGAAGCAGGUGACGCAUCUAGCUUGCAUGAUUGAAGAAGAGAGGACUUAAAUACU